AUGGCUCAAGUUGGAGUCCCAGUGAAGUUGCUAUCAAUGUCAUGUAAACUCUCUCACAUUCACGUUCCUAAAUCCUCCUUCUUCUCGCACUCUCUCCCUCCCUUUCCCACCUUCACCAACACCAAACCCUCUCUCCAUGUCCAACCUCACCACCCCUUAUCCGCGCUUCGUUCCCGCACUCCUGCACCCUGCAAGUCCAACAAAUCAGUUGGAACUUGGGAAACCCGAGCCAAAAGGGAAACCGGAGAAACGGGUCAAUGGCAUAUUCUGGAUCAUUCUCCUCAACAUUGGCGUCUUCGUCGCUGA